GGAAGAGAGAGGAGAGGGAAUCCCAGUUCUUGCAGCUGCUGGGAAUCAAGUGGCCCAACUCCAUCUUGGUCUUCAAGCAAACAAACAAACAAAAAUGGGUAGUGGGAAGGUGGAAAACAGGGAAGUGACAUUCUGGGUUCUAAUGGAAGACGGGGCUGGAAGCCCAGACUCGUGGGGUCUCCAUGGAGGUGGGGGCUGGGCACAAGAUGCCCAGGUCACUUUUGGAUUCUGGUUCCGCCUUCCCAAUCCAGAGGCCACAGAGGACUGCCCCAGGGUUCUGAUCUCAACUAUUUCUCCCUGCAGGGUGAAUGUGGGUCUGGUCCCGCCCCUCCUCAGCUUCCUAUAAAAGCUGGGGACUGAGUACUGCUGGUACACACAUGAUGAGGCCCUCCAGGAGACCGGGAACCUUUCUGCUGGCCUUCGUGCUGUUCUGCACCCUCCUGGGUCUUGGGUACCCACUACGCUGUGAAGUCUGUAAGGCAGCCGGGAGCAGCUGCCAUGGCAAAAUGAAGACCUGCAGGAGCAACCAGAACUCGUGCGUGAUCCUGGUGGGGAAGGCUAAUUCAAAGGGCAAGGAGUGGGUGCACACCUACAAGGGCUGCACCAGGUCCCAGGACUGCUCCUCCGGCAACGUAUCCACCACCAUGGGCCCCCAGGACUACUUGGCAACCAACUCCUUCUGCUGCCAGAGCGACAACUGCAACAGUGGCUUUUUGUCUGUUCCCUUGAUUAAUCGUACUGAGAACGGCCUGAUGUGCCCCGCCUGCACUUCGAUCUUCAAGGACAAAUGCAUGGGGCCCAUGACCCGCUGUGCUGGCAAGGAAAACUACUGCACCUCCUUAUCUGGACACGUGCAGGCUGGUAUCUUCAAACCCAGAUUUGCCAUGCGGGGCUGUGCUACAGAGAGUAUAUGCUACGCCAAUCCAGGUGCUGAAGUGCCCACAGCCUCCCAUGUCCUCGUCCUCAGCCGAACAGAGUGCAGUCGGGCCCCCACGCCAGAGGCCUGGAGAGCUCACUGACCCGAGGAAGAUAUGAGUGGCGCGAAGUCCCCAUUGG